AUGGCUAAGCAUGGUACAGCUUUGGAACAUUUUUUGGAUGUUGCUAGUGAGCCGUACAAUAAGGAGGACGAGAAUGUUCGUCGAUUAACAAUGGAAAUUUUGCUUAAAGCUGGAGAUGUUUCUAAUGUAACAAAACCUUUUGACAUCUCUCGUUUAUGGGCAAUGGCAGUGACAGAGGAGUUCUAUCGCCAGGGUGAUAUGGAGAAAGAGAAGGGUGUCGAAGUUCUACCCAUGUUUGACCGCUCAAAGAAUACUGAGCUUGCUAAGGGCCAAAUUGGCUUUAUUGAUUUUGUUGCUGGUCCAUUCUUUAAGAAAAUUGUGGAUGCGUGUCUGCGUGGUAUGACUUGGGCUGUUGAGCGUGUGAAUAGCAACCGUGCGCAAUGGGAACAAGUGUUGAAUGCUGCUAAUGAGGCGAAAGAAAGAAAAAGUGAUGCCUAG